AAUAACGAAGUAGUUAGCUGAAGUGGAACCUCUAGAUCUCUCUCUCUCUCUCUCUCUCUCUCUGCGAUGGAGUUUCGCGUUUCCAUCAUUUGGAGCCUGCUCGUCAUCUUCUCUCUCUUCUCUUCUCAAUCUAGGGGUGAGGCUUCUGGUUCCGUCUUCUUCGUUGAUAGCUCCAGUCAUCAAUUCAUUCGCGCUAGAUCAUCCAACGAUGAGCAUCCUUCAAUGUUGCUUCCGGAAGUUGGUGCUGCUGUGUCAAUCUUGCUUGGUUUUGCACCUCCUUUGACCCUUUCAGCUGCCAGCUCAUCCAAGUUGAAUGAGAUUCUGAUUCCUAAUCCAUUCAAUAGGCCUCGUGCUGUGUUUUUGCUGGAAGUGAAUGGAAUCAAUGGUCUUGAAAAAAUUGUCCAAGAUAAUGCAAUGUUUGGCAAUUCAUUUUGGAGUCCGAACUUUAUUGGUUCAGAUAAAGUUGACAUUCAACUUCCAGAUGAAAGUGAUGUUUCCGUGGUUUCUUUGGAUGAGCAAUUGGAAGACUGCACCGACAAAGAAAUUAGUGAUUUUUCGUCUUUGAUAGGUGGAUCAUAUGCUACUGAUGCCCUUGAGCCAUUAAAUGGAGUGCUUACCAUUCCAUUGGCAAAUGGUGCCACGCUGAAUCUCCAUAUGUCAAAGAAGGAAGAAAGGAAGUUCAUUGUAGGUCUUUUGUCUCUCACUCGCAAUGUCAAAAGGGCAAUUCAAAUGCAUGACAAUUUAUCACAGAGCACACAAAGUCCAGCUGAGUUGCUAACAGGAUAUUUCGAUGGCAUUAAGGCUCUGCAAGAGCAAUAUGAAAAUGAAAGCAUUGCUCAGCAUGGAGUUGAAUUGCUACUUGCAACUUUGACAAAGAUAUUUGGUUCACUGCAAGAAGCAUAUAAAGGUCAAAUUGUUGGAAUCAUCUACUGUCAUACAAACAUUCCUCAAGAGUCGGGCAAGAAGUUUGAUGUGAUCUUUACUCCCCACCAUACUGCUCGAUGGUUGGAAGAAACAAAAGAAUUGAAUGCAACAGGUCCAGAAGUGGUGCUGGUUAGGAGAACCCUUGCUUGGAUAACAGGAAUAAUUUUGCUCAUUUCAACUCUUAUGGGGAUAUAUUACCUCUUGAACAUGCCACUCACGAGGGACACACUUCUCUAUUCGAAUGUCAAGCUUGAUUAGGGGCAUGGAAUCAUACCAAGACAAAUCUUUCGAACCAACCAAGGAGGACCGGUCUGCCUUGAACCUUGUGAUUAGGGGUUUUUUAUAGGUGCCUCUAAUCAAUGUGCAUGAUUACAUUAUUGUUGUUGAAGAAUUAGUUUCUGGUGUUUAAUGGAUCGGUGUAGCCAAUUAUAUUCAUAAUAUCUGGUAAUGGAAACUAGUUGGGUCAGGAUUCGCGUCUACAAAAUGGGGGAUUAUUGGACCGACGUUGUUUAAAUGGGUAGCAUGGAUACUUUACCCCGUGUUUGAUCAGGGCUUGGAUAGUUGUAUGAUUAUUGCAGCCGUUUACAAUAAUGUGUACCCCGCGGUUAACACUUUGAUUGAAAUUAUUUUUAGUUAUAAUAUUGUAAUUUUAUAUACAAUAAUAAUUUCAGAGCCGUUGCAUCCUGUGCCUUCCUGUUU